AUGGACCCCUCCAACAACAAUACGGUGCAGACGGAGACCACUCCACCAUCGUAUCAACGAGAUGAGCUUUUGAAAGAGCUAGAAGAAGACAUGGAUCGAAUUCGUGAAGCAAAGAUCGAGACGGAACGGUCGAUGAGAGAUCAGUUCAUGGCCCAACUUGAUGAAUCCUAUACCAAGAUGGAGAAACUACUCGCGGAGAUCACGUCAACGCGUCAAUCUUUUACCACUCUAUUCAGAGAGCAUCAGAAUGCGAGCCAGGGACGAAGCUGCGAAGAUGAAGAUGUGUCUCCGGAAAACACGAAGCACGAGGCGGAAGAUGCUAGUAAAACAAGUGAACUCUGA